UGGGUGCUGUGCACUGCAGGCAGCACCACACCAUCUUCAAACUGGACGGUGUAGUGUCGAAUCCAGCCUUUCUGCCAAAGAAUGACUCUGUUGAAGUGAACGUGCAUCACCGAGCCGAAUGAACAGAUUACCAAAAACUCCUUCUAUUUAUGUAAGUCAGUGGAAGUGAAAACUUCUUCUCGAACUAUGCAAUUAAUUAUGUAAUUACAUAUAAAUAUCAGAGUGCAGGAAAAUAUAUAAAAACAAGCUUUUAUAUACACCUAAACCUUUUCCACUUGUCUACUGCCCCAAUUCUUGUCAAACAGUCAUUAAUAGUUAAUGAGGGACUUUUUUCAUUUGCUAAUUUUAACCCUUUUCAGAAGUUUCUACAUUCAAGAAUGUUUUCCUCUCUUCUCUUCUCAUUUUAAAUUGAGUUAACUCACAUUAAAUUAAUUCACAUAACAUACCAUUGGUUGAAAAAUGAAUGUGCCAUAGUUUGUUAUUCCAACACACACACACACACACACACACACACCAGAGUAUGCUCAGUUUGAAACCAAGCUGACAUUGUCAUAAGGGGCAGGGCAGGGUACAUGUUUGAAGAUGGUGACGACUAAGGCUAAAAACCCUCCCCACAGCCAGUGUAGAAUAUAUUAACCAUCUGCUCAUGCAUGAUCAGCUUGGGAUACACCCGAAAGAACCUCAAGGAACCCUGUGAAGAAUGAAGGUUUGACUACAAAGAGCAAGCUUUGGAGGAACAAUGAGUAACAUGGUGAUAGAGAUAACAGCCUUUGUGGUGGCCACAGCAGGCUGGGUGCUGGUGUCCUCCACCAUACCAACAGACUACUGGAAAGUGUCUUCAAUUGAUGGCACGGUUAUAACCACAGCAACCUACUGGUCCAAUCUGUGGAAGACUUGUGUGACCGAUUCUACCGGAGUUUCCAACUGCAAGGACUUCCCUUCCAUGCUCGCUCUGGACGGUUACAUCCAGGUGUGCCGAGGGCUGAUGAUCGCAGCUAUCUGUCUUGGGUUCUUUGCGACAGCCUGUGCCCUGGUGGGAAUGAAAUGCACCAAAAUUGGUGGAAGUGAUCUGAUUAAAGCCAGGAUUGCAUUCUUUGCCGGAUUUCAGUUCUUUAUCAGUGGUCUUUGCUCCUUGAGUGCCUGCUCUCUUUAUGCCCAUAGGAUCACGUCCGAGUUCUUUGACCCAAUGUUCAUGGCACAAAAGUAUGAACUGGGGGCUGCUCUGUUCAUUGGCUGGGGGGGAUCAGCACUGUGUAUCCUGGGAGGGCUUGUGUUCUUCUUAUCGCUGUCUGAGGGCUUCAGUAAAAGCCAAAGCAAUGCUGACAGGAGACGAUAUGUUUAUAGUGCCUCUUAUAUCUCCUCUCAUGGCAAGUCACAAGCCCAGCUGGCUAACGGCAAAAGACCCCCACCAGACUACAGCAGCCCCUCACAACAGUUUGAUAAAAAUGCCUAUGUAUGACCACCAGUGGAAAAAAACAACACCAGACACAUUUCUGCCAUUGUAAUUUAAAUAAUUAUUCAAUUAGAAAACUGUUACUGAGACACAAGAAUCCUAAAGUUAUAUUACAUAAUGUAUGCACCUUAUAUAUUAUGUAUUUGUAAUAAUGUGCAUCUUGUUGUUUUUCUUACAUUGAGUCACAGAAAGUAAAAGUUUCUGUGAAAAUAAGUUAUAAUUUUCAGAUGCUUUUAUAAAUGCAGCCCUGGUGCCAUUUUAAAAAUGUGUCUUUCAGACAAAUUACUGAAAUUCACUAAUAGAUUAUUUUCGAAGAUGCUGGUCUCCAACAGAGUGCAUUUUUUUACAUAUUUAUCUGUAUAUUAGCACCACAUACUGUGUAUAUAAAAUGUACUGUAAAUGUAUUCUCUUAAAAUUAUUUGGUAUAAAUUGUGUUUCCAGUGCCAGUGCCAAAAUCUUUGAGCGAUGAUCAAUAAUGUAAACAUUCUUAAUGCACAGUUGUUGCACAGGUAUUGUUAUUCAUGUUGGUAUUAGUUGAAUAGUAUUAUUUAAUCUAUAAAAAUAUUUUAUAACAUUUUAUAUGUUUUUUCAUUAUUUUUCUUCUCUGUUUUUCUCUCUCUUUCUGAUUUUCUCAUUAAAAAACUAAACACCUA